AUGGUCCUGCUACUCAUCCCUGUGCUUGAGGUGAUUUUUGCCCUGAGAGGAACCGGAGCGCAGUCAGCCAGCCAGCCUGAUGGCCAUAUUCCUGUCUCUGAAGGAGCCCCACUAGAGCUGAGAUGCAAAUAUUCAACUUCUGGUUCACCAUAUCUCUUCUGGUACCGGCAAUACCCCAACCAAGGACUCCAGUUUCUUCUCAAGUACAUUUCAGGGGACCCCCUGGUUAAAGGCAUAGAUGCUUUUGAAGCUGAAUUUAGGAAGAAUGAAACCUCUUUCAACCUGAAGAAACACUCAGCCCACUGGAGCGACUCUGCUGUGUACUUCUGUGCUGUGAGUGACACAGUGACUGAGACUGCAGGGGGAGCUGAGCACAAACCUCCUGAGACACUAGGACUUUCUGUGACUUAA